AUGGGCAAGUCGAAUCUUGAGCUGGUCGUUGAAUGCGAUAACUUCCCUUACUACGAGGACGAUCGCGCCGCAUACACGGAGAACCUCAACAAUUACCAUGCCUUCAAAGUAUCCGGAUACAAUUGUACCCUCGGAUACAUCCUGAAUGACGUCGUGGAAAAGUUCCCCUGGCCACAAAGCAGCUGGACCAUCGACUCCAGUGCCCGCACCGUGACUCUAGUAACACCUCCGAAUGCCGACCCCGCACUCCGAAGCAGCCUCGUAGCAGAGGCCAUCAACGAAGCAGUCAAACAAGACAAAUUCGAGAUCCUGAAGGGAUGGCGCAACGAGAAAUACCCCGUCUACGGACCAGGCGGUGAAUUCCUCCUCGAGAUGGAACGUUGCGCCUCCCCGCUCUUCGGCAUCGUUUCCUACGGCGCCCACAUGACAGGCUACACGCGCGACGAAUCCGGCUACAAGAUCUGGGUUCCCCGCCGCGCAAAGACCAAGCAGACUUAUCCCAGCCUCCUGGAUAACACGGUCGCAGGUGGGAUGUGCACCAAUGAAAAACCAUUCGAGUGCAUUGUCCGCGAAGCAAUGGAAGAAGCCUCAUUGCCCGAGGCGACGGUCCGUCAAACAAUCGCCGCCCGUGGAUGUGUGACGUACUCGCAUGUGCGUGAUGCGCGAGCCGGCGGCGAGACGGGUCUCAUUCAGCCUGAGGUCGAGUAUGUUUAUGAUCUUGAGUUGGAUGCAGACACGAUUCCCAAGCCUUGUGAUGGCGAAGUCGAAGAAUUCAAGUUGAUGUCUAUCCCUGACAUUCAAGAUGCUUUGGCUAAUGGCGAGUUCAAGCCCAAUUGCGCUACUAUUAUGAUUGAUUUCUUUGUGAGACAUGGCCUUUUGACUGCGGAGAAUGAGCCGGAUUACUUGUCUAUUAUUGCGGGUUUGCAUCGCCGAUUAGAAUACCCCAUUGCUUCGCACUGUGCGAAGUAA